AUGCACUUCUGUGCAGCAUAAUAAAACCUGCUCACAUUUUGGCACGCUGCAAAAAUACUUAUAGGAAAAAUACCGCGGACAAAGGGGAGAAAUCAAGAAUUUAGUCUCUGGACGUUUUCUUGCCGCACAGGGAAAAAGGACAUUGAAGUUCUCCAAAAUAUAUUUCGGAGUUUUUUUUCUCUUCUUUGAUGGAUAGUUCACUCUUUUUGUGUGUUACGAUGAAAUUCAUGGACGUUGUCACUUGCUAAAAGCAGAAAAAUACUGGCGUUUAAAUCUGCUUACUAAAGCGCUCGAAAAUAGGACGGGUUUUUUUUUUUUUUUAAUCUAUGCUGUUCAUUCAUUGCUUUCGUUAUUUUCAUCGUCCUUGAAACCAUUGAAACAGGCCUACUUUUGAUUUUCACACUAUAUUUUGCGCAUUUUACCCAAGUUUAUAUGUUUACAAAAAUGGAGCAGCCGUUUUAUCACGACGAGUCGUUUAUUCCGGCUUACGGCCACCCCGACACCUCCCUGCACGAAUUCAAGCUACAUAAGCAACACAUGAGUCUGGCCGCGGCCGAACCGUACCGGAGCCUGAAGUCCCAGCUGCGAGCCGAAGCUGAUUUCUUCCAGCCGGCCAAUCAAGACGUCGGAUCGCUAAAACUGGCUUCCCCCGAGCUGGAGAGACUGAUCAUCCAAAACAGCAACGGCGUUAUAACUACCACUCCCACGCCUGGCCAGUAUUUCUACAACUGCGGCAUCACCGAGGAGCAGGAGGGCUUCGCGGACGGGUUCGUGAAGGCUCUGGACGAGCUGCACAAGAUGAACCAUAUACCCCCGCCCAAUGUGUCCAUUGGAGCCGGUGGUGUGACGACGUGCACGGCAGCGGCCUCCGGCUUCGGCUCCUCCCUGCCUGCCGAGCCUCCUGUUUACACAACACUGAACGCGUACGCUUCCAACACUAACCUCACGUCCGGAUCCGACUACCCCACGGCCACCAUCAGCUACUUGCCGCAGCAGCAGGCAGCGACGGCCCAUCACUUUCAGCACCCGUUAACCGGAGCAGGAUUACACACACAGCGCCUGGUCGCCCCGAAAGAAGAGCCGCAGACUGUCCCCGACAUGCAGAGCAGUGACAGUUCCCCGCCGGUGUCGCCCAUCAACAUGGAAAACCAAGAGCGCAUUAAGGCGGAGCGGAAGCGACAGAGGAACCGACUGGCGGCCACCAAGUGCCGCCGGCGCAAACUGGAGCGCAUCGCUCGCCUGGAGGAUAAGGUGAAGAUCUUGAAGUCGGACAAUGCGGGCCUGUCCAGCACCGCGUCGGUGCUCAGGGAGCAAGUGGCGCAGCUCAAACAGAAAGUCAUGACACAUGUCAACAGUGGCUGUCAGCUCAUGCUAACCAGCAAGAUGGAUACGUUUUAAACCCAGAGACUACCUUUAAAGUGCAAACACUGGACAUUUGUUUUAGAUGUAUGUUGUUGUUUUCUUGUAAAAGAAAUCCUGAAAGCAGUGGAUCGCCGAUUAUUACUCUCUAGAUAUAUGUAUACUAUAAUUAUAGUUUUACAUAAUUAAAAUGUGCAGCGACACCGAUGACCGGAGAAGGCUGGAAUAAAUUAUUCGACUAAUCCCGGUUGUGUUUAUAAGUUAAGUUGUUUGCUUAAGGAGUGAGGGGUGGGUGUAUUUUUAAAUAUGCCUUUGUUACAACUGUUAUUUCGUUCGUUGCAGCAUUCCCAAAACCAUGUAAAUUAUUCUGUAAGUGGCAGGUUGAUACAGACAAAUCCCUAUGAAGUCAGUUGUUUACGAUUUUUAUCUGUGUACAAUAUAUUUAAGUAAAAUACCCUUUAAAAUGA